AUGGCCUGUUCCUCUUUCCUCCUGUUACUCAUGCUGCUGCUCGCCUCCUCAUCCCUCCCUUUCGUACUGCUGCACCUUCUGCUGCUGCAACUGCUCAUGUUCAUGCUCCGGUUGGUAUUGCGGUUCUCAGCUCGCGAUCUGCAGGCCCUGGGAAGAGAGAGGGAGUCGCGGCUGCAGAUGGCGGAAUACGAACUGCGACUAGCCAAGGCUCUCAACGCGGCAGUCUAUGCGCACUUGCUGCGUCAGGGCCUGGUCACAACUGCCAUGACGAUGGAGGAGGAGUACGGCGGGCCGCUGCGACCCGUGGGUCAGUACGGCAGCGGGGCCUUGCCGGCGGCGGCGGCGGCGGCGGCGGUGUCCCCUUCCGCUGGGUCGUCGUCCGCUGAGGAGCACGUCUGGGAUUUGUGGAAGUGGUACCAGGCGGCGGCAGCGCCUCGCGCCGCCGCCGCCGCCGCCGCCGCCGCCACUGGCGAUGCAGCGACCGCGGCUGCGGUGGAAUCGGCCGCCGAGCCUCCCGACGGCCUGGCGACUGCGGUGGCGGUUAAUCCCGAUGACUUGAUUCGGCAAUUUGACCUAAAUCCGCGUUCGGAUCCAGAUUUGGAUUUGGAUUUUGGGCGGGACGGCACGACGGCGGCUGGACUGCAUGAUACAGAGCCACAGCCGGCGACCGCGGACGGUUCUUCUGCGGCUACUGCCGCUGCCAAGCAACGCAACGGUACGACAGAAACCGGCAGCGGCAGCGGGCCCGAAGAAAGUAAUGAAGCGCAGCAGCAGCAGCACCAGCUUCGGUCGCAGCUUCGGGCGGUGAAGGAGGAGCUGGCGGUGACGAGGGCACGGGCUCGAGCCGCAGUGGUAGCGGCCUGUGGAGCCGCCGCCGCCGCCGCCGCCGCCGCUGCCGCUGGUGCUACUGCUGGCGGGUCUAAAGCUACAACCUCACGGCAACAGCAGCAAAUCCAGCAGCAGCAACACCAGACGCUCAAGACGGCGCAGCUGCCAUCAAUGGAGUCACCGUCGCCGCCAUCGUUGACGCCGCAUGUGUCGUACAUCUCCGGCGACGCCGCCGUGCUGGAUCUCUUAGAUCUCGGCGUGGGAUCCUCGACCAUUUCAGGGCCUCAAAUUAUAACAGCAGCGGCAGCAGCGGCAGCAGCAGCAGCCCCAUGUACGGCAACCGGAUUAGACACUGCCGGCGGCGCUGCAAGACUAACUGACAUCAAUAAACCCAAGUUCGAAUCCGACGACAAUCAAAAAGCGGCUGCUACAGCCUCCGCCGCCGCCGCUGAAGCAGCUACAGCCGCCGGAGCGCCGCUAGCGACGUCAUCCUCGUCGGGUGGGCGCCUGGCGGCGGCAGCGGCGGCGGCGGAGGAGGCCUUGACGGCGGCGGAGGCGCCCGCGGACGUUGCAGCCUCAACGACAACAACAGCACCAGCAUUAAAUUCAACGACGGUUGAGCAGAGUGCGACGGCGUUGCCGCGGCUGUGGCAGCGGCAGGAGGUGAUCGACCCCGCCUACCACACCGCCCUGGAGGGCGUGUUGACGGGGGUGUGUGACGCACUGCCGCGUAUGAUCCCCAAUUUGAACCUGAAGAGCCGGCUGGAGGCGCUGCCGCUCCUGGUGUCCGCGGCCAAGACUCAUUCUGACUGGUCGGUACAGAGGCAGCUACUGGGGGCGGUGUUCAAUCUGGGGGCGGGGCCCGACCCCCAACAGCGGCAGGCCAUCAUAGACUCCUCCCUGGAGCUGUGUCAGGUGUUCGGAACGAGCUGGGCGGCAUCGGAGCUGCUGCAAUUGUGUGUCAAACAGGCCAGCAGUUCCUCGUGCGAGAGGCGCACCCUGGUAGCUGAGACCCUGGGGGAGGCGGUGGGGGCGGUGGACCCGGGCACUCAGGCGCAUGUGCUGCUCACACAGCUGACGCAACUGGCCAAGGACCGAAUGGAGCAGGUGACGCGGAGGGUUUUAGAAUCGGUUUUACGCUUGGCCCGGCUGGUGCCACGUCUGCCGUUCACCCGGUCGUACUACACCACCUUAGAAGGCCUGCUGCUGCCGCUAGCUACCGACGGCUCGGAGACCGUACAUGCCGCGGCCCUGUCGUACCUGGUUCCGGCGCUGCUGACGUGGCAGCCGCAGGAUACGGAGUCCGUACUGGUAUCGUCGUGCUUGGCACGGGUGGUUUCGGAGUUGAGCCAACAAGUUCGUAAUAUUGAGCAGUAUCAGCAGCACUUCUUCCAGCAGCAAUAUCAACAGCUUGCAAAGACGGCGCCGUCGCCGCCGCCGCCGCCGCCUGAUGCCGCGGCCGCUAGCAACUUUUCUGGAGCGUUCCUUCGCUACAGCCUCACAGCGCCUUCGAGUCCGGCACCGCCGACGGCGGCAGCAGCAGCGGCGGUGGGGGCUCCGCAACAGCAGGUGCCGGAAGGCCAAGCUGCCGGCGGCGGCGGCGCCGCCGCCGCCCGGGGCAGCAGCAAUCCUAACCUUGCCGACAUGGCGGCGGCGGUCCUGCCGCCGCCAUCACCGUCGCCCGCCAUGGCGCCUCCGCCGUCGCCGUCGCCGCUGCCGCCGCCUCAGUGGGUCAGUUUCGGCCGACGGCAUUUCCCCAGCGCCAGUCAUCUACUGCUGUAUCAGCUUCUGGCGCUGUACGGCAGCCUCGCGCCGGCGUUACGGCACGCGGCGCUCCGAGCUCGCCCCGCUUGGGCGCAACCCGCUGGAUCUGAAUCGGAAUUCCAAUCCGGAUCCAAAGCGGGAUCCAAAGCGGGAUCUGGCGACGCUCAUGAUGCCGCCGCCGCCAUCGCGACCGGCACCCGCCGGCCCACCCGCGGUGGCAGCUUUGGCGCCUCCGCCGGGUCAGCCGCCGCUGCAGCAGGCGGCGGCGGCGCUGCCGCCGCAGCAGUCACCAGGGAUAUCUCCGAGCUGCUGCCGUCGACCCACCGCCGUACAAACUCUCAACCGGUGUUUGGUGGCUUUGGGCCGGCGGCAGCGGCGGCCGCUGGCGGCGGCGGCGGCGCCGCCGCCGCUGCAUCCAGCGGCGGCCAGACAGGCCCUUUGGUUGGCCUUCACUCGCUCCAGAAUUUCGACCUAAUACCGUUGCAACAAAUGCUGAUUUCGAAAAGCACGUCUAGCGGCGUAUUAACGAAUGGCGACGCGACGCACGAGGCCGUCACUGCUGGCGGCGGCGGCAGCGGCGGCGGCGGAUCGUCUUUGACGCCGGAGCCGCUGGCGGCGGCGGAGGAAGGGCCGAUGGACGUACAUUCGCAUUGGGCCAAGGUGGAGGAGGGCGGGGAUGCGACCGCGGCGGCGGCGAACGAGGCUGGCUGCGCGGAAGCGGAUCAGGAACGUGCCGAGGAAGAUGCCUCCUUUGCGCUGUGGGCAACCCAUGGGUCACACAGCAGCUGGAAGACGUUGGAAUGGCUGGUGCAGCAUGUGGUUCCGGAGCUGAUCCGCCUGGUGUGCUGCGUGGGCCCUAUGUUUCCCGAGGCGCUGGAUGUACGGCGGCAGGCGGCCGUUGCCGUAGCGGCGACUUGCGGCGCGUUUGGUGGGUGUGGGUGGGCGGGUAUUCCAUUCACUCAGGCGGUGAUGGAGCCCGUGUUCCUCGUUGCGGCGGGAACUGGUGCUCAACUAACUCCAGGGGGGUUGAACUCGACUGCCGCCGGGGCUGGCGGCGGCGGCGGCGGCAGCGGCGCCGUCGCUGCUGCAGCCGGCGUUAUCGUGCCUGACUUCGACGCGCCGCUGGCAGUACGGGACGUCUGUGCCGCCGUACAGCCGCGGACGGCGGGGGCACUGCGGAUGGCAAGGCAGUGUGUGCUGCCGGUGCUACUGGUUUCGGUGCUACCAGCCUCCCGACGGUUGGCGCCGUACCUGCUACAACUGACGAGCUCAUCUCACGAGUUGCGGCAGCGCUGGCUGAUGGAGGCGCUUUCGGACUACACACAGGCGAUCACCUUCGCUUGCAGCCAGCGGCCCGAUCUAGUGCCCCAGGUGCUCUCUGUAUUUGAGGAUCUGUUGUCUGGAUCUGGAUCUCUGUCUGGUUCUGGAUCAAGUUCCGCUGCGGCUCCGAGUCAGCAGCAGUUGGCCAGCCGACGGCUACUGCCGGGCCUUAUGGCCCUGAUGUCGUACGGCGAGCCUGAGCUGCAGCGCGCGUGCGUGGGAGUACUGGCAGAGCUGGGGCAGCGCUUCCGGGACCAGGGGCCGCGGGUUUCGGAACAGGUGUUGGCGGUGUACGAUAGCUUGUUGGAGCAAAGUGGCCACACCGUACAGCUAGAGGUGCUGGCGGCGGGAACCGCUCUGGCGGCGGCGGCAGCGCCAUCGGCGGCUGUGGCGGCGGCGGCGGCGGCGCAGGUCGAAUGGCUGCUGACGGCGGUGCAGGUUGUGGCGGCGCGCCUUGCGGGGCCCGCCGGCGGCGCUGCUGGCGGGACAGCCUCCCUGGAGCAGCAACGGGCAGUGGCGGCACAGCUCUUGACCUCUCUACGUGCCGUCGCGCCGCAUGAUUUGCGGCUGCCGCGCCUUCAGGCCAAUCUAAGCGGUGCCUUGGACGCUAUGCAGCGGUGUAAGGCCCUUCUAACAGACCCACAGCAGCAGGCAGCGCUGGCGGCUCUGCUCAAGGAACGACCCGUGGGUCCGUCUACCGCCGGCGCGUCCGUCUCCUCAACGUCCACCUCCACAGCCAGCACUUCCGUAGCCACAGCCGCUGCCGUCGGCAACAGCACCGCAAUGCAGCAGCAUCGACCUUUUACGACGGUGCCGCCGCCACUGCACUCGCCAUACCCGUCGCCUUCGGCGCCAUCUAGCUCGGGGCUGUUGCAUCAGCCGGCGGCGGCAGCUGGCGGCGGCGUGGGCAGCCUGCCCAUGCAUUAUCCGUCCAUGUCGCCCUCUUGCGCCGCCUCGUCGCAAGUGGCCCUGGGUGGCGCUGACGGCGCCGGCGGCGGCGCCGGCGGGCAGCUUCGAAGCCGCUUCGAUGCAUUCCGACAGCGGCUGAUGAAGCGUCGGGACGACGCGGGCUUAAAUAGCGGGAUGUCGUCGUCUUCGUCUGCAGCGGGUGCAGGGGCAACUGGAACCGGCAAGCCGAAAGAAAGCUUUUUCAGCGAUGAUGAGGGAGAGUAG